UAUAGCCUACAUAUACCCUGGGAAAAUGCACAGAGUACAAAGGCAUCUACUUGUAUGGAUUAUAAGAAGUCUCAGACAUCCCAUUUUAACUAAAAAGGAUUUUUGAAGGAUAGGCAAGACUUCAUUACAAUAAAAAGGGAGGAGGGUUUAUAAUAAAAGGAACAGAAAGUAUAAAGGCAUGAAGUAGGGAAAACAAGGAAAAUGAUGUCUUCAGAAAACAGAUAAUAAUCUGUCUUGACUGGAAUGUAAGAGGGGUAUUGAUUAGCACUGCAAAAUAAUAGAAUAAAUUGUUGAGUUUGUAUUUAAUUCGGUAGUGCAUUUGAAAUAAAGGUGUUUGUUUUAGUUACCCAAGACUGGUUCAAGGAUUACAGGUAAGUUUCAAAAUGGAGUGUCUAAGAACUCUCACUUCCUCUCCAAGAUUUACCAGUGGUCAAAUCAAACUCAUUACACUUAUUAAUGGUAUAAAUUUACUGGAGCUGAGAAUUGGCAUUAAGGAGUAUUUGUGUAUACAGUCAUAUAGUAAAGAAGCACUGAUUUCAAAGAAAUAAAUAAGCUUACACAGGAUUUAGUUUUAUAAAAACAUGUGUGUGCUCAAAUUGGUCUCUUGUUCUUAGAUUGGUCUUUUUAACAAAAUAUCAGGCUCCUCUGUACGUAAUGGGAAGAUUACCUAUGUUUUAAAAUGAUGAGCAAUAUAUUAAAAUAAGUCUAGGGCUUUGACUCACUCCUUUUUUUGCAAAGAUUAGACCUUUUAUCCACUACCAGUAACCUAAUUGGUUACAUCCAUACUAGCCAUGCCAGUGUUUAUAAAUACAGUGGAAUCACUAAAGAUAUUUCUGCCCCCAAAACUGAAAAAAAAAAGCUGUAUGCCUUAUGAAAAAUAUUUAAUGAAGAAAGAAGAAUAAAAUGGUGGCAAUACUUCAAAGAUUAUGAAAAGCUAGAAAAUAUCAGAUUUAAAGGGAAAAUUUGAAUAGUUUGUUCUUUCCAACAAAUAAAAAGGCAAGAUAUAUAGGUUCAAGAGCUUACCGUUUGAGGAAUAAAUAGUUGGGCAAUAUGCAGUUUUCUCAGACAACCUCUGGGUGCUACUGUUGACCAAAGGGAACAUAAGGGUUCUCAUUUCUGCAGGAGUGAUGGGCAGAGUGUUUUUCUGCUUUGUCCUGUGCACAUCAGAACGCAAACGCACCUCCUGUGCAACCUCAAGCGCCUAACAAAUAAGUCCUACCCUCAAAUCUCAAAAGUCCAGGGAGCUGUCAUUGAUUUUUUUAAACAUCCCAGAGACAUCUUGAAGAGCAGCUUCCCAGAGAGUUCAAGAAAUGCUUAGGAGCUCCAGAAAAGCUGAAACAAUGAGAAGUCAGGUACUGCUUCUCUUCCUGCUGUCUUUGUUGUGGAGGGCAAUCUCCCAGGAGAUCCAGUACUCGAUUUCAGAGGAGCUGGCCAAGGGCUCAAGGGUGGGGAACCUGGCCAAGAAUCUGAGGCUCAGGGUCCAGGAGUUGCCAGCUCGAAAACUGCGGAUUAGUGCAGAGGAGUUUUUCAGUGUGAGUGCAGAGGUGACAUUAAUGUCCUUCUCUAGCCAGAUUCCCGAGGGCUCAGACCUUGGAACCAUAAUAGCCCUCAUUAAAGUCCGAGACCAGGAUUCUGGGCAAAAUGAUAUGGUGGCAUGCUAUAUUCAGGAAGGAGUUCCCUUCAAAUUAGAAUUCACCUCCAAGAAUUAUUACAAGCUAGUGAUUGACGGUGCCCUAGACCGAGAGCAGAGGGCAGAGUACAAUGUUACCUUCACAGCCACCGACAAGGGCAAGCCGCCCCUCUCCUACAGUACAAGCAUCACCCUACACAUCCGCGAUGUCAACGACAACGCUCCAGUUUUCCACCAGGCCUCCUACGUGGUCCACGUGGCAGAAAACAACCCGCCUGGAGCCUCCACCGCCCAAGUUAGCGCUUCAGAUCCAGACUUGGGGCCCAACGGCCAAGUCUCCUACUCCAUCCUGGCCAGCGACCUGGAGCCGCGCGCGCUGUCGUCCUACGUGUCCGUGAGCGCACAGAGCGACGUGGUGUUCGCGCAGCGCGCCUUCGACCACGAGCAGCUGCGCGCCUUCGAGCUGACGCUGCAGGCCCGCGACCACGGCUCGCCCGCGCUCAGCGCCAACGUGAGCCUGCGCGUGCUGGUGGGCGACCGCAACGACAACGCGCCCAGGGUGCUGUACCCGGCGCUGGGGCCCGACGGUUCGGCGCUCUUCGACACGGUGCCGCGCGCCGCGCAGCCCGGCUACCUGGUCACCAAGGUGGUGGCGGUGGACGCCGACUCUGGACACAACGCCUGGCUGUCCUACCACGUGCUGCAGGCCAGCGAGCCCGGACUUUUCAGCGUGGGGCUGCGCACGGGCGAGGUGCGCACGGCGCGGGCCCUGGGCGACAGGGACGCGGCCCGCCAGCGCCUGCUGGUUGCUGUGCGCGAUGCGGGACAGCCGCCCCUCUCGGCCACCGCCACGCUGCUCCUGGUUUUCGCGGACAGCCUGCAGGAGGCGCUGCCGGACCGCAGUGACCACUCUGAGCCCACUGACCCCCAAGCUGAGCUGCAGUGUUAGCUGGUGGUGACCUUGGCCUUGAUCUCAGUGCUUUUCCUCCUGGCAGUGAUUCUGGCGGUCGCCCUACACCUUCGAUGCUCCUCCAGCCCCGCUGCCUGGAGCUGCUUUAAGCCUGGUCUGAGUUCCAAGUCUGGACGGAGGGUUCCCCCCAACUACAGUGAGGGAACAUUGCUCUAUUCCUACAAUCUGUGUGUUGCCUCGCAUUCAAUUGUGCGAUUUAAAUUGUGAAAUUUAAUUUUCACAACGUGACCCAAGAAACAGCUACCCCUCCGGAUCUCCUAGGUGAAGAUCCUUCUAUGGGUAUAUGUGCCAGUAAUGAAGACUCCCAAAUCUCUCAUGAUUCCUCUUUUUCCCAUCACGUGAGUUUUUGCAGACUUACUUAAAUUUUAUUAUUGUAUUUUAUUCUCGACAGUGCAUCAUUAUUUUCGGUCCUUGUUCAUUGUUCUAGUGGUGGUAGUGGGAGAGGAGGUAUAUAGGAUGGGUGGAGAUUGGUCCCUUGAUUGCUCAGUAGUCUUGGCAGUUACCUAAUUACUACUCAGUUUGCACUCUUGGCAUUUCUAUAUGGUCAACAAAUCCUGCUAAAGAUAGCUUUCUCUUGGAUGUCACCACCCUUAGUAAUAGAACUGUCCUUAAUUAGUUGAUGUGUAAAUGUAUUGUAAAUGUAUUGACAGUUCUUUCUGCCUAAGUUAAUGUUCAUCUUCAUCAAAUACAUUCUAGUUGUUUAUCUUUUUUUCUGCGAUGUGUAUUUUAAUAUAGCCUUCCAAUAAUUCUCUUAGCACUUUUUUGCCUUAUCACGUGCAGCAAAGACUGCCAGGUUUUACAUUUGAAUCACUAAAUUUGUGUCUUUUUUCCCACUUCAAAAUCUGUCAAGAAUAAUUUUCUUGACCAUUCUUAAAUAAUUUAUUUUUAUACCCUUUCUACUUUGUCACUAGUGUAGUAAGGAAUGUAACAAACAUUUUUUGUAUGCAGAGCCUUUUCUAUAUUACUUUUUUUAGUAUAGGUUUCUGAGAAGUGAGUCAAAUUUUUUCAAAAUAUUUUAUUUUACCUCCCAAUCCCCAGCAAUUUGUGAGUCUUUUGAGGAUUGUGGAAAAUACUUUUAAUCUAUUCUCCAAAGUCAGAGAAUUUUAAAACUCUGAAUAGUUAAUGGACUUUUGUGUCUGGUCAAAAUUUAUGAGUAAUUUCUAGAAACUAAUUAUUAUGUGGGUAAUA